AUGUUAACAUUAACUAUAAUGACAUGCCUCAUAGAAGUAGUAGUGGUAUCUAUAUGUCUGUCUGUCUGUCUAUCAAUCUUUCUAUCUCAUUCUGUUUAUAUCUAUCUAUCUAUCUAUCUAUCUAUCUAUCUAUCUAUCUAUCUAUCACUUUAUGUAUGUAAGUAUCUAUCUGCCAGUCUAUCAAUCUUUCUAUCUUAUUAUGUUCAUGUCUAUCUAUCUGUUUGUCUGUCUAUCUUUCUAUUUAUGUCAUUCUGUUCAUAUCUAUCUAUCUAUCUAUCUAUCUAUCUAUCUAUCUAUCUAUCUAUGCAAGUAUCUAUAUGUCUGUCUAUCAAUCUUUCCAUCUCAUUCUGUUCAUUUCUAUCUAUCUAUCUAUCUAUCUAUCUAUCUAUCUAUCUAUCACUCCAUGGUGUACAACCCCCCCAUAUAAACACGUAUCUAUCUAUCUAUCUAUCUAUCUAUCUAUCUAUCUAUCUAUCUAUCUAUCUAUCUAUCUAUCUAAUCUCUCUCUCUCUCUCUCUCUCUCUCUCUCUCUCUCUCUCUCUCUCUCUAUAUAUAUAUAUAUAUAUAUAUAUAUAUUCUCCUUCUAUUUUUUUCUUUUUUUCGCAUCUGUUAAUAUCUGUCUUUUCAUAUCUAUCUAUUUAUCUAUCUAUCACAGUCUGUCCAUAUCUAUCUAACCGUAUUUAA